UUCUUUUAGACAUACUUUAGUGAAGUGAUACAAUGGCCAAUUCUAAUGAUGAAGAAUUAAACUAUGUACAAGUGUUUCAGAAUUGUUUUGGUCCAAAAUUAUCAUCAUCAUCAUCAACAACAACAUUGCCUUCAUCACCACCAUUAUCAUUAUCAUCAACAGCUACAACAUCGAACAAAUCAUCAUCGAUGACCAUUUCUACAAUAUCAUCAUCAAAUUGUUGUAAUAGUGGUGUAAUAUCAUCAUCAUCAUCAUCAAUAUCGGGAACUGGGAUUACCGAUUCGAAUUCAUUAUCAAGUGGUUGUUCGUUGACUAAUCGUCAACAACAACAACAACAAACUCGAGCAACAUCCGAAUCAUCAUCAUCACGUUGUCAAAAUUCGUUAUAUACGACAGGAACAUCAAACACCGGUGUAGAUAAAUCCCAGGCUGAUAUGCCUUCAUAUACGAUGCCUUCUACAUAUGGUGGAUCGAAUGGUGGUCAAUCGAAUCAAUCACAACAACAACAACAACCACCACCAACAAUGUCCAAUAUUGUUGUUGUUGAUAAUGUACAUUUGGCAGCAAUGAGCCAUCAUAAUCCUCAUCAUCAUCCGCAUCAUCAUCAUCAAGAUGAACUUAAUUCAGCUGGAAUAAUUACGCCACCGACAUAUCAUCAGUUGAAUAAUCCUGAAUCUCAACCACCACCACCAUCAUCAUCAUCAUCACAACAAUCUACUCAUUAUCCACCACCGUUAACGCCGACUAAUGGUACAAAUACUGGUACCACCAACAAUUCUUCAGCCACAGCACCCGACUCUUCACAAUAUUAUUCACCCUAUUGUGAUUCACGAGGAACACUUUUUAGUGAAUCAUCCGCUAGUAAUUAUUAUCAAUUGGAUACAACGAAUGAUUGGAAUCAAGCAACCGCACAACAAUAUGGUGGUCAACAUAUUGUCGGUGCAUCACAGCCACCACAACAACCACCACCUCUACCAUCGUCGCAACAAUCAUACGGAAUCAAUAUUCAUGGACAACAUCCACAAGCAAUGGAUCAAGUAUUGUUACCAUCAUCGAAUACAUCUAUUUAUGAUACUGUGGCAAGCAGUGCUAAUAAUAACAAUAACAAUAGCCUUUCAAGUCUUCCACCUAUGUCAACAUUCGCUACAAAUCGAUCAUCUGAAAUGAUGACUACUGGUGCUGGUUAUUCAGCCACCACAACGAUAUCAUCAAUACAAUCACCGAUUCAAACUAUCGAUAUCAAACCCGAUAUAACAAGCCUUUAUCCGAUGACCAACAAUAAUGAUCAACAAUCUACUAAUCAACAACAAUGGUCAACACAAUUAGCCACAACAACACAGCCACCGACUACAAGACGAUCUCCACCAACUCCCUUACAGCAGCAAUCAUUUCAAUCGACUGAUAUCAAAUCCAAUACCAAUGAAAUCAAUCAUCUUCAUACAAUGCAAACCGUUACAAACACCAAUGAUCUUCAUCAUCAUCAUCAUCAAUACGAUGAUCCCACCAAUACUACUACUAUACACCUUAUGAAUGAUGUAAAUAUUCCUGGCGAGCAUCAUCAUACAAGAGGUGUAAAUGUUGGUGAACGUUUGGAUGAUGCUAUCGAUAUUCUUCGUAAUCAUGCUGAAGGACAACAAUUGCUGUUGGCAGCACCAUCAUCAUCCAAUUCUUUUCUAUCACCACCAAAUAAUACUGACCUCACAACAUUGGAAGGACAUGUGCAAAGUCCAAAUGGUCUGAUAGCGAACAUGCGCACUAUUGUUCCACAAUCGACUUCCGCGACGAGUAGCACGUUGCCUCAACAACAACAACCUGUGGUGGUAACAUCGCCUUUAUUACACAAUGCUGUUGCUGCUGGUACGAUAGUGACCAAUACAGCAGCACCAACAUCAACUUCUCAAAAUGUUAAGAAUAAAAAUCCACGAUCAUCAUCGCCUGGUGCAUCAUCAAAGCCAAAAAGAUCCAGAGGCCGAAAAAUGCUUCCAUUCGUUAGUUCGGCCGAUGAAGAUGAACCACCAGAGAUGAAACAUGAACGUGAACGAGAACGAAGACAGGCAAACAAUGCUCGUGAAAGGAUUCGUGUUCGAGACAUAAACGAAGCAUUCAAAGAACUGGGUCGUAUGGUCGUCAUGCAUCUAAAAUGUGACAAAGCACAGACCAAAUUGAAUAUUCUUCAUCAGGCUGUCGACGUUAUCACCAAUCUGGAACAUCAAGUUAGAGAACGUAAUCUAAAUCCAAAAACUGCUUGCCUCAAACGAAGAGAAGAGGAAAAAUCCGAAGAAACAGUUCAUGCCAAAUAUAUGUCCGGUGCGCAAGGACCCCCACAAAUGCCGAACACUUUAUCUCCUUCAAUGAUGACUGGUAUUGGUGGCCCAGGAUCGAAUAAUCCGGUAGCAAAUGUGAUGCAACAACAUAUCACACCACAACAAUCAUCUAAUCAAACGAAUGUAUCGUCGGCAGGUCCAUCAACCGUUUCUCCUCAUUCACAUCAUCUAAUGAAUACCGGGGCCGCAUCCAUGUCGAUUGUGACUAGUUCGAAUAUGCUUUGAAAAAAAAUAAAACGAACAAGCAUGUAUUUCUCCAUGUGUGUCGUUUUGUUGGCUAUAGAGCUAGUCCCAUUUGAUUGAUUAAUUGAGAUUGGAAUCUAUCUAGUAACAUUUUUCAUAUCGCACACACACAUAGGGCACAUAUUUUUUUUGUCCUCCAGACAAAAUCCUCCAUUGUAUCAUAAAUCCAUUUUUAUUGCAUGAGACACAAUUCACCAUUAUUUUCCCAGCCACAGUUUUGUACAUUGACCCUUAUUGAAUUCUCGGAUCACACACAAACAUGCCGAAAGACAUAAUUUUGUCCACGUGAAUUUUUAUUAUUAUUAUUGUAGUUUCAAUCCGAUUGAAUGUCUGAUUUUAGAAAAAAACUGAUGAUUUUUAUUCCAGGAAUGAAUU